CGCCCGAGGACGGCCAUGCCCGACAGCAGGGCGCGUGCCGGCGAGCCGCCGCCGCGUGCCGGCUCCAGCGACAGUGAGAGUGAGCAGGUGACGACGGAGACUACCUCAGAGAGCGGCGCCGGAGACACCAGACUGCGCCGCUCCGCCUCGCGGCCGGACGGGGUGUUUCUGACAGAGCCGCCGCCGCCGGCGCCUCCCGCAGUCUCCCAGGCCAGCGCCGCAGCGAGGAGACAGCACAAGAAGAGGAGGCAAUCCGGCUCUCGCGCCGAGCCGGAGCGUACCCGGUCCUCCACCGAGAGCGUGCUGAGGAGCGAACACAGUGACGCCAACACCACCGACGACCUCUCCCUGGGCACCAGCAGCAGCACCAGAUAUAAUAGCGAAGCUGCUUCUGAGUUGGAACAUGGCGACCGCUCCUGGUCGUCGUACUACGCCCAGCGCUCGCCGUUGUUCUACUACCGUCCGCCGGCUCCGCUGCCGCCUCCCAGCUACUACAGUCUGCCGACCAGCCGCGCCCAGACGCCAGAGAGACGCAGUAAGACACCCCAGCCUGCCUCGGCGACCGCCGACGACCCGGAGCCCCCCGUGAGCCGCCGGCCGACCUCGCAGCGCCAGGGCCGGCAGCGCGACCUCCUCAACCGCCGCGAGAAGUUCCGGCGCAGCAAGAGCCGCGAGCGCAGCCUGGAGCGCCGCUGGGCGGACCCGUGCGGCCCGUGCCCGUGCUGUGAGCAGGGAGGCAGCGAUGAAGAGGACUGGAUGCCGCACUACUGGCACGGUUUCCACGGCCGGCCGUGCGCCCACCGCGCGCCGCCGCCGCCCCCGCCGCCGCUGGACCACCGGUACAGCUACUCGGGACCUCUGGACUGCUGGCCGCCGCCCUACCCGCCGGUCGACUACCAUCGCUGGCUGGCGCCGUACAAGCCGGGUCUGGAGUACGAUGAGCGGCUUCAGAAGCUCGAGUCGGACAAGUCGUCCCUGCAGCUUCAGGUGUCCGUCCUCACCGAGCAGAUUGACGCGCAGACGGAGAAAAUCUCCGAACUCGAGGACCAGCUCCGCACCCGGCAAAUGCUGCUCGGAAAGGCAGAGGACCGACUGCAGAAG